AUGAAGAACCUCGUUCUGGAAGCAUAUAGUGGCAAGGCCGAUCCCAAGGAGCACCUGUUGUAUUUCAACACGAAGAUGGUGAUAAGUGCAGCUUCUGACGCGGUAAAAUGCAGAAUGUUCCCGUCAACUUUUAAAGGCACGGUGAUGGCAUGGUUCACGACCUUGCCUCGCGGAUCUAUCACGAACUUCCAUGAUUUCUCGUCAAAGUUCCAUGUUCAGUUUUCCACGAGCAAGAGCAAGCAGGUUACGAUAGAGGACUUAUACAACGUGCGCCAGUCGGACGGGGAAACUUUGAAGCAAUACGUGAAACGAUUCAGCGCGGCGUCUGUUAAAAUUGAGAAAUCAGAACCACAUGCUUAUGCGCGCGCUUUCAAGAACGGGUUACAACCAGGAAAGCUGAACGGUAAGUUGAGCCGAAAGUCAGCUCGGUCGAUGGCGGAGAUCCGCGCGCGGGCAAACACUUACAUUUUGGACGAGGAGGAUGACACUUUUAAACGAAAACGUGCAAAAAUGGAAAAGGAGGGCGAUCAGAGAGAUGCGUCGUCGGAAGGGAAACCAAGUAAAGAGAAAGGACAAGGGAGCGGUGGAGCAACAGGGUUUUCAGCACGGGGGCAGCAAGCGGAAGGUAGGGAAAAGGAACCCGACUUGUCGCCGCGCGGAUAA